AUGGCGUCGACCGAAGAGCCCGUCUCGAUCCCUUCCGACGUGGAGGUCGACAAUACCUCUCCGGCUACUCCCGUGGACGCGGAUGCUCUGAUGGACUCAUCAGUGCCGCCGGAAAGCGAAGAGGUCGGCCAAUCCAGUCCUGAGGCGUCUAAGGAAAAUAUCCCAGCAUCUCCGGCCAAAACUUCGCCUACCGCUGUCACUGAAGCAGUUCCCAAGCGCCCAGUGUCCAGCUCUACAACUGCGAAACGGCCCACGUCUGCAACAACCUCCAAGACUACGGCUUCCUCGGCCACACGGACAUCAACAUCGACCACGUUGAACCGGCCCCCUACCCGGCCCACAACUACCACGACGGUCCGGAAACCAUUGAGCAGCUCGACCACGUCCUCCCACCGAUCCCGGCCGUCCGUCAGCAGCUCUGCAGACGAGAAACCUCGGUCGAUUGCUAGCUCAGGCGAUGAAAAGCGUGGGAUCUCGGGAACUGCCAAGCGCAUGUCCCUGGCCAGUAAUACCUCUACUCGCGCUCCAUUGAAAUCGACUUCCACGCUUGACCGCAGAUCAAGUGUUGCCGCAUCAUCUCUGGAGAGAAAAACUGCCACCUCAACCACCUCCCGCACUCCAACUUCUGCAACUAGGCCCAUGGGGAAGUUGACAUCGCCGGCAACUUCAACCGCCCGUCCCACCUCGUCCACCACGACUACACGUCCAACAACUCGCCCGGCUUCGACAAUCUCGUCACGGCCCACAACUUCUUCAGCUACGGAUGCGAGAAAGCGACUCAGCACCGCCCCCGGCUCUGUUGUAAAGAGCGCCGAGGAUGCGGAGAAACUGCAGUCUCUCCAGACGAAGCUCUCAGAGAGCGAGGAGACUGUGGUCAACCUCAAAGCCGAACUGGAAUCUGUCAACGAGAAGUUGAGCCAACUAUCUGUUGCCGCUGAGAAGGAAGCCAAGGACGUCGAUUCCACGGAGUCUAUCCGAGCAGAGCAUGCUGCAGAGCUGGAGAAGCUGACCGCUGGUCAUGCUGAUGAGCUUCAAUCUCUGCAGGCACGUCUGGAGGAGGCCGAGACUCAGCGCAAAGAGCUGGAAGAGAAGUCCCAGAAGGAACUCGAAGAGAUCAAGCUGGCCGCCAACGCUCAAGGUGAUGAUCAAAUGGCUGCUGCUCUUGAGGAGCUGAAGGAGACUCACAAGGUUCAGUCUGAAUCGCUUGAGAAGGAGCUAGCGGAGCAUAAGGCUGCAGCCACGGCCUUUGAGGAGCAAAUUUCUACCUUAAAGGCGGAGCUUGCAUCUCAAAGGAAAACUCAGGAUGAAAAGAAGGCUCUCGCCCUUGACAGUCUGCAACGAGAAUUGAAAGGUCGGGACCAAGUGAUUGAUAACCUCGAAACUGAACUUCACAAAUUGUCCACUUCCAAGGAGCAAGAACUCAACACGGAGAAGGAGUCUGCUAAGGAGUCUAUUUCUUCCUUGCAAUCACAGGUUGCUUCUCUUGAAUCCAAGCUUGCCGAGGCUGAGGCUGCCACUCAGGAAAGCUCAGAGCAAACCGUUUCUUCUCUCGCUGAGAAGGAUCACGAGAUCGUGAAUCUCAAGCAAGCAAUCGAAGAACUUCAAAAUGAGGUCCAGGUGGCCCGUGAGGGAGCUUCCAAUGACCAGGACACCAAGAUGAAAGAUUUGGUGUCUGCUCACGAGGCCGCAAUUGCGAGUCUGAAAGCUGAGCAUGACAGUUCUCUUAAUGCUCUGUCUGCCUCCCAUGCCGAAGAGCUUGCCGUCGCCAAGGCAGCUGCAGAGUCAACUGGUACUGAGCAUUCCCAACAACUUGACGUGCUACGGGAGUCGCUCGAGUCCGCCAAAUCUGCUGCCCAAGAUGACCAGGCUCGUGCCAUUUCCGAGCUGAAGGCCGCUCAUGAGCUCGAAAUCAAGUCUCUGCAAGAGAAACUGGAGACAUUGGAGAAAGCGCUCGACGAUUCCCGCCAUGAUCUCGAGGAGGGCAAUGUUCAUGCUCAGGAAGACGCCAUCCAAGAGAUUGAGGCUCUUCGUCACAAAGUCGAAUCCCUUGAAACCCAGCUGUCCACUGGCACCGGCGAGAUCAAGGCCCUGCAGCAGGAAGUGCAGAGCAAGCAGACCGAAGCCGAGGAACUUUAUCACAGCCUGAAGAAUGUAGAGGGUCAAUUCAAGUCGAAGGAUGCUCAACAGGAUAACAAGCUGAAGGAACAAGAAAGCAAGCUCAGGGCUCUGGAAGAUAAAGCUGCAGAGGCCACACGUCUGCUUGAAGAAUACACUGCUCAGGCUGCUGUUACUUCUGAGCAGCAAACUCAGGAUCUGCAGAGUUUGAAGGCCGAACAUGCCGCCCAGUUGGAGCAGGCCAAGCAGGAUGCGUCCAGCUCUCACGAGAGCGCGCUAAUUGGCCUUCAGCAGAAACACGACGACCUGUUCUCCAAGAACCGAGAGCUUGAAUCGAGCCAUGCAACUCAUGUCACUCGGGUUGAAUCGCUCGAUGCCGAAUUGAAGGCAACUCUUGAACGCCACGCUGGAGAGAUCAAGACCCACAACGAGUCCCGCGAGAAGGAAGUGUCUGAGCUCCAGAACCAGUUUGAACAGACCAAGGCAAAGUUGCAGUCCGACUUGGACUCUUUGCGGGCCUCCAGCCAAGCUGAUAAAGAGACCCACGCCAAGGAGCUCGCUGAGCUCCAGAAGGGAUUUGAGGAGACCAAAGCCAAAUUCCAGGCUGAGCUUGAGGCUUCCCAAGCUUCCAAGGCAGCCGAUGCUGAUGCCGAGCAUGGGAAGGCUAUUGAGGAACUGCUGACUCUCCAGGAGGCGAAGAUUUCCGGCCUUAGGGAUGAGCUGGAAGCAUCUAACACCGCCAAGCUUGAGGAUCUUCAGAAGUCCCAUGAGGCCGCUCUAAGUACUGUCAAUGAACAACUUUCUGCUGCCAACGCAGUCGCUCAGGACACCUCUGCCCUUGACAACCUGAAAGUGACUAUUGCCGAGCUUGAACAGAAGUUGGCUGAUUCGGAAAAGGCCCAUGCCGCUGUCCAGGAAUCAGCAACAGCUGCUUCUCGAGAUCUCCAGGACAAGCACGUUGCUGAGAUUACCAAGACUCAAGCCGAACACGCCGCCCUGGUUGACAAGCAUCAGGCAGCGCUUGCUCAAGUAGAGGAACUCCAGAAAUCCAUUGCAGCAACUAGCUCCAGCAAGUCCGAACUGGAAACCGUCCAAAAAGAGCUUUCUCAGUGUAAGGAAGAAAUUGAUUCACUGAAGAGAAAGCAUGAUGUCGUCUGCCAGGAGCUAGAGGAGACUCAAAUUCAAAACAAGACCGUGGGGGAGAAGCUCGCCUCUGGCGAGCGUGACUUGAAUGACCAGAUCGACAAGAACAUGCAGCUUCUCAACCAACUCGGUGACGUUGACUCGACGAUUUCUGCCAGCCGGAGACGCGUCCGUGAGCUUGAAGCGGAGCUGGCUGCGCUCAAGGCCGACAAUGAAAAGAGCACCUCGUCCGGUCUGAGUGCGAGCCGAUGGGCAUCGGCAGCGGAGGAGGGCAGCGAGAACGCUGAAGAGGGAGGUCCAGCCGCAGUGGAAGGUGAGGACCUCGGUUCAUCCAUUGAGGGAACGAUGGCAAGCAUUCAGGAACAGCUUAAGCACAUCCGUUCCGCCAACGAUGAGUGGUACGAUGACCAUCGCAGGCUUAUCGGUGAAUUGGCUCAACUGUCGCGCCGAGCCACCCCGAACCCACCGAGCGUCUCGUCGACCCCUCAACCCGAAACUGCAACAUCAGCUCCUGAAUCAGAGGGUAGCCGUAGCAGGCUUGAAGAAGUCUCUGCCGCCCGGUAG